UCGAGUCAAGUCGACACACAAUACGACUAUGCGACCUUUUUUUGUAGUGUUGGUUGGUUGGUUGUUCGUUUGUUAGUUCGUUUCCUAAUCUAAAUACAGUAAUUAUAUGCGGGAUAUACCAUGGCUCUGUGUGUGUCUGUGAACCAACUUCACUGCAAUUCGCACUGACCUUGAAAGAUUGUUUACAAUCGAUUCACUCGCAUAAAAUACAAUUGAUCUCUUUGAUUUUAUGUGAAUUUCGUUUUUUUUUUUUUCAUUUUUAUUAUUUAAUAAUUUCUUUUGUUAUUUUUUUUUUGUAAUGUUGGACUCGCUUUUCAAAUUGAAUCACACUGAAAAUAUACGUUUACAUGUUUUUGACGUCUACACAGAAUUUGUGGAGAGUGAGAGCACAAGUGCUUUGACAUAUGUCAUAAAUGUUAUGUGUAUUUCUUUUGCGUUUGUUCGAUUAAAGUCACUUGCUGUGUGAUAAAGUGACCAUUGUUUUCAUUGGUUUCGAUUCAUUUUGUUGUCUCAAAUUCAAUAAUGAGCAAAUAAAACUAAAUCAUUGAAAAUGUUUUAUUGCCUUCAACGUUCCGUUUGCAAACGAUAGGAAUGUGAUAGGAUAGACUGAUAACAUUUCAACCAAAAAUAAAACAUUUGUGUAUAGCAUCGCAUUAGAACAUCCAACUUCAUACUUCAAUCGCUCUCUUUUCAAGCACUAAGGAUUUUUUUUUGUGGGAUCCAAUUGUGGAAAAAUGGAUGGUGAACAGUCAAAUCAGGAUUCAAAUAUCAUCGAGAUGAAUAAUGCGACUAGUGUUUUGCAUAAAAUUGCCAACAUGUAUGCAGAGCAACUGAUGUCUGAUAUAUGCUUAGUUGUCGGUGAAAACAAGUAUCCAGCACACCGUGUGAUUUUGUGUGCCAGCAGCGAAGUGUUUCAGGUGAUGCUCAUGAAUCCCGAAUGGAAUGAAUGCCGUGAAAGUGUGAUCGAAUUGAAGGAAGAGCCGUGUUGCGUUGAGGUUUUUCCACAAUUCUUAAAGUAUCUGUACGUAGGCCAGAUACGAAUUUCACUCACAGCAGUCAUGCCGAUGCUUGCAUUGGCCGAUAAAUAUAACAUAAAGGAUCUAGUGCAAUUGUGUGUGGAUUACAUGAUGAAGCACAUCUCAAAAGCGGCCACCCAAGGUGUAUUGGUGUCUUGGUUGCACUAUACAAUUUCAUUUAGCCCAUAUCAUCAAGAAAUCACCGACGCCAUUCAACAAUUUCUCAAAUGGAAUCUGGACAUAAUUGCCGAGGCUCGUGAUUUUGUCGAUUUAGAUAUAAACAUAUUGAUUGCAUUGCUACAGCAGAACGAUUUAGUGCUAAAAAAUGAAUAUGAAUUAUUUACAUACGCCGAAAAUUGGUUCAACAUGAAAAAACGACAACUGGACCAUGAACAGACGACAAGCAGCAUUACCGAUGAACAAAAGGCACAAAAUCUUCGUGAUAUACUUCGAUCAAUUUUCAUUCACAUUCGAUAUCCGAUGAUGAGUCCUCGCGAUCUUGCCAAUUUAUUAUUGAAACAGACCAUCAAACAAGAUGCUGACUUUUUUGUCGAACGCAUUUCGAUCGGCAUGACCUAUCACGCUGGCCAAACGGAAUGCAUUGAAAAGGUGCAGCGCAGCAUUGAAGGUGCGCUACAAUUCACGCCAAGACUGUACACAUCAGAUACGUAUUCCAUGAACAUAGAUGUUCCUGACUUUGAAAAUGUCGAAAAUUAUCAAAAAUUUGGCGGCUGCUUUUUCUCUUUACGAAGCCUGGCUGAACAGGAGAAUCCAGAUCAAGAUGACAUUGAUUUCUAUCAGUGGGACAUUGACUUUUAUCCGCGUGGUAUUCGGUAUGGCAAAGCUCAGAUAAUUAAUGUUUACAAUUUACCCGGAUCUCUGGAAAUACCUGAAGUACUGUUGCGGACUGUUCGUUUAAGUGUUACCUGCAAAUCGAGUUUGGAAGUGGAUCAAAGAUUCAUGAUUGGUGUCCUAAUUGCCGGCGUUCAGAAUGACAUUAAGCAUGUUCGCACUGUAAACGUUUGCACGUCAUAUUUUUCGAAAACAAAUCCAACACUGAAUAUCGACAAUUUACUCCCAUACGAUGAACUGGAGCUGAGCACAAUCAAACUGAGUCCACAUCUCAUUGGCAAAGAUCGCAAUUUAUUAAAUCUACAAGUCAUUAUUGUUCCAAUGGGUGUAUUCACUUGUUACGACACGAUUCCAUUCGAAUUCAAAUAGCCUUUUUCUAGACAUCUAACUUUUCGAUUCGCACAUCGUUCACUCAUAUAAUACCAUCUAAUCGUUCACAUUCUACCAUUACAUCCAUAUGCUAUUGUUUCCUUUCUUUAAAUUCUAAUCACACGAGCCUAACGCCCUUUUUAAUUAUAAUGUGUUAUAACAUUUUUUUCGGGAUAGGCAGUCAUUUAAUCCAUGAGGAAUGAAAUAAAUUUGCUCCCAGAAUGUUUCAAUGUGUUAACGUUUUAAUUUCAAAUUUAAGGACAAAUAAAGGAAAUUUAGAAAGAA